AUGCCCUUUACACUGCUCCUCCUGGAUACUGAGACUAACAAUUUUACAAGCUUCUACAAACUGCUUAAGGUUAAGCUGGAAGUGAAGAAGAAGGCUAGUUCAUCAAAACCUAUUCCCGAAGAACCCUGUAUGUAUUGCCCCAUUUGUGAUGAGGGUUUUACCGACCACGAAAGUAUGGCCUGUCACUGCGAAGACAAUCAUAGCGAAGACGGGGCUAACGGUAAACCCCAGGACUAUACUGUUUUACUGCUUACAUUUGAUACGGUUGGAGAAUUCGAGGAAUGGUUGCAUGAGCAGUGUGAAAGAAGUGGUACUAGUUUUUUCAGGCGAUCAAGUUAUGCCAAGGGCUCGUCGUACUCUUUAAGAUGCAAUCGGGCUGGCACAUAUGAGAAAGCAACCACUUCAAAGGCAACAUCUAGUAAAAAGGAUGUCAUAAGCUGUUCAUGUUUUAUGAACGUUCACAUUGCCGAUGAUGGUAAAGUCAACAUAAAAGGAUGUUUGGGGCAUGUCGGCCACGAUAUAGAGCCUGCGCUGCUCCGUCUUAACAAUACACAAGAACAACUUUUGAGAACUCUUCUCGAAGAGCAUUCAAUGGACUAUAUUUUGCGACGGCUCAAAAGGGACUACUCAGCGAAAACCUCUAGGUUGUGGUUUGUCGAUAGGUCAGAUCUUUGGAAUUUGACAACAAAAUUUGGAUUACGCCCUGGAUAUCGCCACAAGAAUGACAUGAAUUCUUUGAUGCACCGCCAAGCAGAGGAGAACGCGGACGACGGAAUCCGUGUCCUAGAGGUUACUGAUGACCCUAGUGGACGAGGAUUUCGUUUAAGUGAGCUGCUUGGCAUAAUACCUAGAAUUUUGGCAAACAAGCUCAUUUCUUUAGUAAUGAUCACUCCGACACAGUUAGAAUGGUUGAGAAAAUUCUCGCCACGUGGAAUUGCAGUCGACGACACACAUAACGUCACACGUUACAAUCUAAAGCUAGCGACUGUUUCAGUAGCUGACAACAAGAACCGGGGUCUUCCGGCUGCUUUUUUACUGAGCGGCACAAUGACAACAUUGGAUGUGCAGAGGCUCUUUUUGGAGAUCAAGAAGCUUCUACCUGAUUUCAACCCACAACAGAUAGUUACUGAUGAAGCUCCAUGCUUUUACAACGGAUUUCGAGCUGUUUUUCCGGAAGCACGGACUAAGCUGCACUACUGUAGAUGGCACAUCGACCAAACAUUCAAAAGGAGCGCCACCAGAUUAGUUGCGGCUCGCAUUCGAGGACAAGUAAAGAAAGACCUCAGUGAACUUCUCCUCAUUGCUGACCUCACUUCGUUUGAGUCACGCUUCGGUCAAAUUCUCGGUUUUCUCGAAACAGAAGGCCAAACUGGAAUGGUUAAUUAUCUUAAGGAUAAUUAUUUGGGCAAGACUGCCAGUUGGGCAUCAUUUGCAAACAAAGGUGCCGUGAUGGACACGACGAUGAUUAGUGAGAGGUGGCAUCUGCGUCUAAAAAAGGACUUCCUCCACAGAAAUGCCAACUCAAGAGCCGACUUUCUCGUAGAGCUGCUAAUCAGAGCUGUGGAGGACUUGGCUGAUUCAGCCGAAAUUAGGGAUCGCCGUCGACUCGCAGCAUCCUCUUUCCGUGUUCAGCAGUCCACUAAAUGUCAUAGAUGGGCAUUGAAACACUACGAGAACAGUCCUGAGAAGGUGAAGCGAGUGGCAGAAAAGAAAUGGGAACUUCAGGGAAAAGAUGUGGCGGAAAAAUACCAAGUGGUAUACUUGGGUGGAUGCGCAUGUAGUGAAUCCUUGAGUGAAAACGUUCACUGCCCACUCUGCGGUGUCUGUCCUUACUCUUGGCGCUGCAGCUGCUUGGAUAAUAGAGCUGGAAUCAGUUGCCUUCACAGACAUGCGGCAAAAUUAUAUGGAGGAGGCGUUGUAGAAGAACAUCCAUCUACUUCACAAGUCCAUGAAAUACCCCAUACACAGCUAAGUGAGACGAUGUAUGAGGUCGACCAAGUACUUUCCACUCAGGAUCUGGUCACGGCAGCUCAGGAGCGCAAACAACAACGAACUCAAAUAAGGAGUAACAUUGAAAGUAAAUAUGCAGUCCUGAGCGCAACUGUAAACAUUCUCGUAAAUACUGACACAGAAGAAGCGGCGGAAACGCUCAAGAAGAUUUAUGAUCUUGUUGAUCAAGCAUCAAAAUUAAAAGUCAGUCAGCCCUCUACAGAAGGAGUGCAUAUCGCUGCUAGGCCAGAGCUGACUAAACCCGGAGCAAAACCUCAGCUCACUAAGGCAGAGCUUUACACAAUUUUGUCACUAAUGGUCGUCGCGCCUGGUGAUCCCCAGCCGUCAUCCAGUUCUGUUGGUGAUAAAGGCAGUUCUCCAUCCUCUCCUGGCGUCCUCUUCAGUCCAUCAGGUUGCGGUCUUCCCGGGGGUGACAUGCAACUUGGAAGAACUACGAACAUCCCCGGUCCUGUUGUAGAAUCAGAAAAUACUUCUUCGACAGAAGAUCGCCCAGGUGUUGCAGUGCCACAGCCUGCACUUACCUACCCUCAAGAUGAAGUAACUCCUCAUGUUCCACUCGACGAAAAUGGUCACAAAUAUGUUGGCUUGAUAAAUCAGGCAAUGACGUGCUAUCUGAAUAGUCUUGUCCAGUCUCUGUACAUGACACCAGAGUUCAGGAAUGCGAUCUAUAAAUGGGAAUAUCGUAUUAGUGGUAAAUCUUCCUCAAGUGUUGGCGAGAGGGAAGCACGAAGUAUUCCCUAUCAGAUACAGAAGCUUUUCUUGUUGCUCCAAACAAGUGACCUAGCUUCACUAGAAACAAAGGAUUUGACUGCCAGUUUUGGGUGGUCUAGUAGUGAAGCAUAUGAUCAGCAUGAUGUGCAGGAAUUGUGUCGCUUAAUGUUUGAUGCACUAGAACUCAAAUGGAAGGGAACCCAGAAUGAAAAACUCAUACAAAGCCUUUACAGAGGAAAGAUGCAGGACUUUGUCAAGUGCUUGAAGUGUGGUCGAGAGAAUGUACGCCCCGAUGUUUUUCUCGAUUUGCCUCUUGCCGUAAAACCGUUCGGUGCUGUUGAAGCUUUUCAUAGCGUUGAAGAAGCUCUUCGUGCCUUCAUCACUCCAGAACUACUUGAUGGAAGUAACCAAUACUUCUGCGACAGUUGCAACUCUAAGCAGGAUGCACAUAAGGGUCUACGUAUCACGGAGUUUCCGUACCUGCUCACAAUCCAGCUCAAACGUUUCGAUUUCGACUACAAUACUAUGCACAGGAUAAAACUAAAUGAUAGGAUGACAUUUCCCGAUGUACUCGAUUUAAAUCCAUUCGUGCACUCAUCAUCGGCGCACGAUGGUCUGCCUCCUUGUGACGAGUCAGCUGGUUCAACAGUUAGCCCUGAAACUUUUCUCGUUGGUCAGCAGCUCGAUCGUCCUCACAUCAGCAGGUUGCUGAAAAGAGGAGAAUAUGUAUAUGAGUUAUUUUCUGUUAUGGUACACCAGGGAAGUGCUGCUGGCGGACACUAUUUUGCUCAUAUCAAAAACAUGGAUCAGGGUCGAUGGUAUUGUUUUAAUGACUCUCGUGUAGAGCCUGUCGGUCCUGAAGAAAUUUCAAAAAGCUUCGGUGGUUCUUACGGCGGUUGGUCUACGAGUAACACAAAUGCAUAUAUGCUUAUGUAUAGAAAGAUUAAUAAAUUAAACGCAAAUUUUAUUCGUACUGCGGAUUUACCUCAUCACAUUACUCAGCUAAAAAGUCAAUGGAGAGAGCAAGAGGCUGAACGAGAAAGGCAGCGACUUUACCAGAUGAAUCUUGUAAACAUUAAAGUGCACCUGAACAUGGUAUGUGACAAUGAAGCUAUGCUCAGCGAGCAAUUUGUUACGGAUAUGCCUCGAUCAAAUAUUCUCUGCGACGUUUAUAAUCAGUCGCUAAAAUUCUUCGAAGAUAAGGCACGUACCCUUUCUAGCACAGAGAAGGACAAUCCUUCUAUUGUUCGCCAUCAUAGUCGCCUUAUUCGUGUAACCAGCGAUCGUGGCUUGACAGUUCAUGAGGCUUACGUCUCCAGAGCUGACCUGUCAAAGAAGAUCGAAACCUGCCUAAUUCAAGGGCGUCCUAACAACAUCAUGUUUCUGCUUGAUGUUUGGAGACCCAGAGGAAUCCCCUUUCCCGUCACUCCUCCGAAUGGACGAACAAUUCGUGUAGCAAGAGUCGACGUUGCAGCCCGAUGCAUCCAACCCUCCUUCUACCUUUACAUUAGUCCAGACCUUCGCACGGUGAUACAAGUGAAACAACUAAUUGGCUCUAUGUUCGGUGAUGGGCAACGAGCUGCUGUUGCCUCUCGCCUGGUGUUAGAACGAGACACGCAACCAAAUGGCUUAGUUUUACUCGAUUCGCCUGCAACGAACUUCUUCGAACUGCUACAGCAAUGUUUCUCUGCUGUACCUCUGGUGUACUGCGACAACGGAGCCAAAGGCGAUUCCUUGAACGAAGUUGAAGAAGACAGAGGAAAGGCGCUUAACGAAACGGUGAUGUUCGCCGUUUUAGACAGGAAGAAAUUUGCUCAAUUUCUGACUGUGGGGAUUCCUUCUCCGGAUGAAAUUGUGCGUGCCCAAGCAACGAGUAAUGCAUACUCUGGUUCUUCGUGGUUGGAAGCUGUGGGCAACAACCAGCAUUUGCUGAAGAGCCCUGCUUCGUCAGCAGUUACUUCUGCUCCAAUGACACCUCUUAGUGGAGCAAGUAGAUCAUCUUCUCGAGCAAGUGACUUCAUUGGUAAUGACGGUAUGGGUGAUAUCGGUAGCUGUUGUCAAAACACACCUCAGAUGUCACCAAAUGUUUCGGAUGUCGACGAAGGGAUUGACGAUUCAGACUUGGCCUGUUCGUUGGCCGUUGUCGCUGAAAAUGACAAUGAAGACGUCUUCAAAUCUGAGCCUGGAACGCAUUCUGUCACAUCAUCUGAUGCUACACCAGUGCCAUCGUCGAGCUCAACUAUUGACAACUCUGUUCAAAGCGUAAUUGAGCUACCAACAUCUGUCGAAAACCUUCUUCACCUGGAUGUCGAUUCACGAUUGCCAUUCGGGAAAUUCAAAGUUUGGCUUGGAAAGAAACUAGGAAUGGAUACAUCCCAAUUUGUUGUCAUAAAGCAUUAUAGGGAAGAUGACAAAGGCUAUGAGUGCAAUAAUAAGGACGAGGAAAGUGUAAGGAGUGCCCUGGACAAUGUUCUGAAGCUGGGAGUGAAGCUCAGACCUCCUCUGAAAGAGGACGAGAAACUCAUUCGCGUAUUGCAGUUCGACUUAGACGACCCUAACCGUGAGAAUUGGAAAGUUCUUUUCGAAUGUCCAGCAUCGAAGCAAACGUCUGUUGGAGACUUAAUGUUGCAAUGUAUACAUCUAUACGCUGAGAUCUACGGUCAAAGGUUGCCCCUGAACCAAGUACGACUGCGAGAAAUGUCUACCGUAAGUCGUCCGGUGAAGGCUGUUUUGAAUCCGGCAGACACUUUGGAUUGUCGAGGUUCUCAGUGGUCAAAUAAUGUGUAUUUCCAGAUAAUAACAGAUGAACGGCUCAUUGGUAAGCCUGGGGUGCCUAUAUUGGUGCGUAGGUUUCGACCUUCAACCGUUGAAGUGUCUGGUUUGCAAGAAGUGCUUGUUGAUCCAAAUGCUACCAACCAGAUGGCAUCGCUUGCUGAAAGUGUUUCCGCCAUUUCUGGGAUUCCUCCUGAAAGGAUUGCUUUCACUGAGGUUGGCAGUUCAUGGGAGAAGUGGCCAUAUGCAUUAAGUCGUCUUGCUAUGUUAGAUGGUUCAGUGAAGUUUUACCUACACCCUUCUUAUGCACCGAAUGAGGUUAUCGAACGUAUAGGAGGAAGGGUAAUAUAUUAUCGCGACAUUGCGGAAGUACCAAAAGAGCUCUCAAUUGAGGAUAGAAAACAGAUUCAAAUCAAAGAAAAUGGACAAAAUAUGACUGCUGCUGCUCGCAGAAAAGAGCGACCACUACGGAUCCAAAUGAGUAGUAUCAGCGAACCGUGA